UCUGGCGCGAACAGCCCGCUUCCAAUAAUAGACUCAUCCAAACACACCCGACGCAGCCUCGGUAUCCGCAACACCCGCUCCUUCCGACUCUCUCUACCUUCCAUCAACAUCCCUGAUCUACUCCGUGCUUGAUCGCUACAUCGCAAAUGGCAUUCUUUAAUCGCUUCUUCUCUUUCGCUUCUGGAUCGGCGCCUGUGCCGGCAGUCAGCAUCUCUGCCGGCGCGUCUCCCUCCGCGGAGAAUGACUCUUUCAACGACUUUGUGAUCAUCAACCUCCAGGACGCCGAGACUAUUGAGGCCGCGGCCGGACACGUCGUUGUUGACUCGUCUGCUUCUCUAUCUGAGCAAACAAAGGAUUCUGGCGAUGCCGACGAGCAUACUGCCUCCUCUGUCGCGUCGCAGGGGUUCGACGACGAGUAUGUCGGGCUUCAAGUUCGCCGACUCACCUAUGCUGAGGCGUUCCGACAGGGUCUUCCUCCAUCUGGCUACAAGACCUACAGAAUGCUUUGCGCUGAGCGAGACUUCCGCGGAUCAAAGCGAUCAAUGGCACCUUCUCACGUCGCGUCGGCCGGAUCAUCAUCGACUACCAUUGAUCGAUCCAGCCGCAAGGUUGAGUUGAAGAUGCUUGAUCUUGGCGCGGGCGCGUGGCAGACAAACUCCAUGGUUGGUGUGGAUGAAUUAGACCAGGAGCGUCUUUUGUUUGCCGAUCGUAAAGCGUUCACCGAGCGUCGUCGGGAGAAAUCGCAUAGCUUGGACAAGCGCGCGCGUCUUCGCGCGACGGGUGCCAUCUAAGGAUGAGCUAUAAGCAGCUCUGUUAAAUACCAGUGGGGAAGCACUGCUUUUAGUGAUAUGAUCGCGCCGGAGCUGGUAUGAAGCGAGCUGUGCUGAGGUUUGAGAUCAACUAUGACUUUCGAGCGUAUAUCUCUUUAAGUUUCAGUUUUAUAUGCUCAUUCCUUGUUUAUUUUCGUGCAAGCAACUGUAUUAUUAGCGUUACAUAUUGCUCGUUUUUCUUUUGACUUGACUUGACUUGCGUUGUAUCGUCUGCGUGUUUGCUUGUUUGCGUGCUUUUAUU